CUCUGCUUUGCUACACACGAGGAGGGCCUGGCUUCCAAGAAAGGAAAGUGAAAGUACUUGGGCCGUUCAGCAGAGCUGCCUCGUGGUCUGCAGCCUCCCUCUACCUGGUGUGUGGCCCCGCCCCAUCCCAUCUGAUCACCACCGUGUCACCAGGAUAAUCCAUCUGUGUGAUGUUCUUUGAGAGGCCCAGGUGAUCCAGAUCUGUUUUGACUGUGUUAUGACAAAGGACAGGUGCCACACCCGAGGGGGCUGAUAAAUGGGCAAACUUUCUCAUCACAGCUCCGGGAAAGGACAGAGGCAGCGAAAAUCUAAGCAAGAGUGAUCUGGGGCUGGCUCCAUGGUCUAAGAAGAAGAUGGCAAGUGCAGGCAGCACCUCUAACCGCAGGAUAAUCACGGGGGACGUGAACCUGGAGGAGCAGCACCCAGAGGAGCAGCGCUGCUAUGAGUUCGUAUUCAGGCUCUUCAGAGAAAAUAAGGUGGAGAUCGCAAGUGCCAUACCAAAGCCAUUUCCUUUUCUCAUGGGCCUGCGAGAUCGGGGCUUCAUCUCUGAGUCAAUGUUCGAGAAUUUUCAAGAAGCUUGUAGAAAUCUGGUCCCAGUGGAAAGUGUGAUGUACAAAGCUCUCAGUGAGCUGGAGAAGAAAUUUGACAAGACGGUUCUGGAAGCCCUGUUCAGCAAGGUUAACCUGAAGGCCUAUCCUGAUUUACUUCAGAUUUGCAAUAGCUUCAAAAACGUGAUUCAUGACAACUUCUAUUACCAAACCAUUGAUGAAGGAGAGACAAAGGAGAUGCUCAACUUACAAUUAAACCAUGAACAAGUGUCCUUGGAACACUCAUCUCUCCAAACGAACAGUGUAAGAGGAUUUGAAAGUAUGCCCAGACUACUGCCAUAUUAUAGGCAAGAGAACAGCAACGCCUGGGAUGAAGAAUGGCCCCAGGAAGCCUCAAGCUUCUCACCAAGAUGUGUGCUAGUUUCCUCUGAGCACAAAUUUCUCCAAAGGACCAGCAAAGGCAAUUCUGAAGAGAUGCCCAAACUGCAGCCAGUGACCAGAGAUCCUAAAGCUCUCCAAGUGCCUCCUGAAGGAGAACCCAAGAAGGUGCUCAGCCUACUACCAGCAGAGGGAGAAGAGGAUAACAAGGCCUAUUGUGUGAUCCAUGUGGAAGAAGAGCCCCAGGAAGCCCUGAGCUCCCCAUCAAGAUGUGAACCGGUGACCUGUGAUCCCAAAGCUCCCCAAAUGCCUCCUGAAGGAGAAGCCGAGGAGGUGCUCAGCCUAUUACCAGCAGAGGAGGGAGUGUCCUGUGACCCUGAAGCUUCCCAAAUGAGUGACAAAGAAGAACAAGAGGAGCUGCCCAGUCAGCCACUGGAUGGAGAAGAAGGAAGCGGCACCUGUUUCGAAAUAUGUGAUGAAGAAGAGACUCAGGAAUUCUUGAGCUCACCACCAAAAAGUGGACCAGAAACAGAGCUACCAGUGUUUGGAAAUGAGUGCUCCUGUGUGAUGUGCUUCCGCAAAGAGGUACGCAGAGUUCCAGAAGAAAGAAUUGAAAGUAUGCAAGAGGGUGACAACAGAGAUACGGCAGAUCUUGGGAACAACUCUGCUGUGAGAAAACCCAAGAGGAGAAGAAGAAAAAAGAAAGGGCAUUCCUGGACAAGAGUAAAAACAAAGAGGAGAAAUGUAUAUCGAAAAGCCCUAGACAACAGCAAAGCUGCUGGCCAACCGGCCCCAAGUGGAAAGAAGGUGGAAAUGAGUCUGCAGGACCCUGCCAAGAUCAGGAGGAGAAGGAGAAGCAGACCUAGAAUCUGCUCUACUCAUAAUAACAGAACCCCACGGAGAAGAGCUAAGUCAAGAGGGAAAAGAAAGUACACAUACGAACAUGUGGAUUUUCACCCUCCGAUAAUUCCUGUGACCUGUGGUAAGGUGAGAGGAAAGUUACACAAGAAGAAGUUGAAAAUCGGAGCCUGGGUGAAGUGUAUACAGAGUGAAAAUGGAGACUGGUUCACCCCCAGGGAAUUUGAAAUCAAAGGCGGCCACGGAAGAUCAAAGAAUUGGAAGCUCAGUAUUCGCUGUGGAGGGAGGCCCCUGCGAUGGCUGAUGGAGAAAACGUUUCUCCAUAAUCCUCCAAGGAAAUAUGACAGGAGAAGAAAGAAAAGAGGACUGAAGUCUCCUGACAACACCGUAGAUAGCCUUUGCCUGGGAAACUCAGAUGUGUGUGAGACCUGCCGGGAUGGAGGAAAGCUGUUCUGCUGUGACACUUGUUCGAGGUCUUUUCACGAGGACUGUCACAUCCCGCCCGUGGAAACUGAGAAGAGCCCGUGGAGUUGCACCUUCUGCAGGAUGGAGAAGUCUUCAGGAAACCAGCAGGGUCUCAGAGAAUCUGAGGUCCUGGCAAGGCUGAUGCAGCUGGAGGAGCAGCUGAAAUGUGAGUUCCUCCUCUUGAAGGUCUAUUGCCAUUCAGAAAGCACCUUUUUUGCAAGGAUUAAAAAAAGGAUUCCACGUUCUUAUUAUAUUAAAAAGGCUUCUAAAAACUUCAAGGAACCCAUGUGUUUGGACAAGAUAAAGAAGAGGCUGAAUGAGCAGGGCUACUCCCACGUGGAAGGGUUUGUGCGGGACAUGCGUCUCAUCUUUCAGAACCACAGGGCAUCUUACAAGUUCAAUGACUUUGGCCUAAUGGGAUUUAGACUGGAGGCAGAAUUUGAGAAGAAUUUCAAGGAAGUGUUUGCUCUUCAGGAAACAAAUGAGGACAGUUCUCUGGAAUAAUGGAUGUUGCUGGUGUCCUGGAAAUUCCCCUUUUGGUCAAAUGUCUCAUUCCCUAGCUGCAUGAGGGGUUGGCUGCUGAUGCCACCCCUCCCCAGAGCACUGCCUUCAGCCAAAUGGAGCCAACUUCACCUGGAGGUUACACGUCCUUGGCCUGGGGGCUGGCUUCCAGUCGACCCAACCUUCAUGCUCUGUGCAUCCAUGGGAUCAGGCUGGAGCCUGUCUGAAUACAUCCAUCCUUAGCUUUUUGCCCAAUACUGUUCUGCUUCCUUCAUCCCGUUCUAGCAAAGAAACACAAAAUAAAUUACUUAAGUAAGAGACUUUA